AUAUACUCACCACAACCGGGCCAGCCGCCACUGCCAACGGUUUUGGUUGCAGCAGUCCAUCAUCAUCCUCAUCACCCCUUCAUCACCCGUUUUCAUCACCCUCAAAAUCUCAAUCGAGCACAUCAACUUCCAAAAAAGUCAGCAGUGAACUUUCACCAUCCUCCUCCUCUUCAGCGCACUCCACACCUUCCGUCUCGCCGACAUCGCCGACGACUGAGGAGAACCGUGCAAACAAUGGUAACGACAAUGUCCAGCUCAGCUCUUCCGGCUCCAACUCGGACAACAGCUCCACUGACGAGGGAAUAGGAGAUCACUCGGAGGAGGCCUUGCUCGAGGAGGAGGACGAUGAUGAGGAUGAGGACGAGGACGAGGAUGACCACACUCUAGUCUCGGAAAAUCACUCUCACUCUCACCACGAACACCACAGCAAUCACCACUACCAGCAUCACCUUCCUCACCGGCGAAGCCGAAGUCGAAGUCGACAGAGGAGCGGAGAUUCGAAGAGUUCUAAAAACACCACCACCUUCACCGAAGUUCCCAGCUCUGCCGAGGCGGAGGAGCAGGUAGAACGGUUCCUCAACGGAACCUCCGCAAAGAACCUCGCCGACCUUGAGGCGGAGGCGGCCAACCUCCGUCGGGAGAUUGCCGAUCUUGAGGAUCCCAAUUCUCGAAGAUCGACUCCAACGGAGACAAAUCUCGACGUUGAAGAAGAAGAGGACGACGACGAGGAGCUGCGGGAGUUUCAGGCCAUUGAGCGGGAGAUCAAGGCCGCCGAGCUGCGCAAGUGCCUGGCGACGAUUGAGAAGCGCAUUGAGCAGUGCAAGGAGGAGAUUAGAGUUGAGAAGGAAGAAGUGGCAACAGAAGUUCAACUGUUGAAGCAUAAAGCGAUUAAGCCGAACAACAACCUGCUAUUAUCGCGAACCUUUGACCAGUUUGCCACUGACAGCAUGACGGACUCGAUGAUUGAGGAGUGUCGACAGGCGGCGGACGCGGCCUCGCAGCUGAAGAACUACACCGCCGAAGAUGAGGAGGAUGAAGAUGAGAAUCACAAUGAGAAUAACGAUAAAGA